AUGAUGUCAUCCAACAUCGCGGAAUCACUCAACUCUGCACUAAAAGUUGCAAGAGGUCUCCCCAUUGAUAUCUUUCUUGAAUGCCAUAGAAGCUUGGUCCAAAAAUGGGUUUGGACCAAUUCAAAUAAUGCAAAUGGAACAUUCACAAAAGUCUCUACAACAACAGAAAAUGAGUUGAGGCAUGACUUUGUUUCAAAAAUGAAGUAUGAGAAUACCCAAGUUUGUGAUGCCAAAGGGGUCAAUUUCACAGUAAAUAUACAGAAUAGAACAUCUACUUGCAAUAGGUUUCAAGAAGAUGAAAUGUCUUGUCGACAUGCAGUAGCUGUAAUUGCAAGGAGAAACUUGAGAUUCUAUGAUUACUAUGCAAAGUUCUACAAAACAAAAACAUUGAAAGCAUUAUAUCAAGAAAAUGUUCAUCAUUUGCCUCAUAAAAAUAAAUGGAAUCUCCCACAACACUUGGACAUAGUGGUGCUACCUCCAAAAGCAACAAUCCCUGCAGGAAGACCAAGAAAGAAAAGAACAAGAUCAAGAGGGGAACCAAAAGUAAUAAUCAACUAUGAGAAAUGUGGGCAACCAGGAAAUAACAAGAAGACAUGCAAGAAUCAUCCAAUUGAGAAGUCAACACAAACAGAAAAAGCAAAAGACCUAGCUUCAUACUUUAAAGCGAAACAAAACUAUCAUACCUUUAUUGAUUAA